AAAGAAAAAUGGCAGAAUCUAUUUCGAUUUAACCAUGAGCAAAGAGUUGAGACUUGGGCACAAAUUGUUGCCCAUGGGGUUCCCCUAGCCCCUGAAUUUUUAGGAGAAAGGGCUGGCACUGCCCUAAAGGAGGAGAUAGAGACUUUCAAUUCCUCUAUCUCUAUAGUGGGCUACCCUAGAUGGCUUACUAGGGAAACAAGAGAGGGACAGCAAACAGGAUCCAUUGUUUUUGCUGUAAAAGAUGAAGAAACCUGCAGUGUUAUCCUACAUCACAAUAGGAUUAUAAUUGCUGGCAAGAUAGUUAAGAUAGUUAAAUAUCGUACUAUCUCUCCUUCCCACCAAUGUGGUAAAUGCCAGAGAUUUGGCCACCCUAUGGAUAGUUGCUACAAGCUAGCUUGUAGGCUGUGUGGAGAAGCCCACAAAACACAGGAGCAUAACUGCCUAGAAUGUUCUUCUAAAGGCAGGCCCUAUAAACACACUAUCCCAAAGUGUGUUAAUUGCAAGGGAGGCCACUUCGCUAACAGCAAA